GCGAGGUGUGCAGACAGGCGGUAGCGCCAGGUCUUGGUAGGCAUGGCUCCCAGCGUUCCAGCGGACGAACUGUCCCAGGAGUAUCGUAAAGGCAUCCGGGCCGUGCUGCUGGGGCCGCCCGGGGCUGGCAAGGGUACCCAGGCACCCAAAUUGGCCGAAAACUUCUGUGUCUGCCAUCUGGCUACUGGGGACAUGCUGAGGGCCAUGGUGGCUUCUGGCUCAGAGUUAGGAAAAAAGCUGAAGGCAACAAUGGAUGCUGGGAAACUGGUGAGUGAUGAAAUGGUGGUGGAGCUCAUUGAGAAGAAUUUGGAGACCCCUUUGUGCAAGAAUGGUUUUCUUUUAGAUGGCUUCCCUCGGACUGUGAGGCAGGCAGAAAUGCUCGACAACCUCAUGGAGAAGAGGAAAGAGAAGCUGGAUUCUGUGAUUGAAUUCAGUAUCCAAGACACUCUGCUCAUCCGGAGAAUCACAGGAAGGCUGAUUCACCCCACGAGUGGCCGUUCCUACCAUGAGGAGUUCAGCCCCCCAAAGGAGCCCAUGAAAGAUGAUAUCACUGGGGAACCUUUGGUCCGCCGAUCAGAUGAUAACGAGAAGGCCUUGAAAAUCCGCCUGGCAGCCUACCAUACUCAGACCGCCCCGCUGGUGGACUACUACCGGAAACAGGGCAUCCACUGUGCCAUCGAUGCAUCCCAGACCCCUGAUGUCGUGUUUGCAAGCAUCCUAGCAGCCUUCUCCAAAGCCACAUCCUAGUAACAGAAGGCCAGGCGAGACUGCACCGUUGCUCAUCACCCCACGGCGUGAUCCCUGCUCUUAGGUGCUGGGCAGAGGGGAGGGGUGGUUAGGGUAAGGAUGGAGAGGGAGGGGUGAUCAGGGGCCCAAGAGGAGUAUUUGAAAGAGCAGCAGUGUUACUGUAAUGAGGUGGUUUCUUUUUCACAUAGGUGGGAGUUUUUUAAAAGUAUAAAUAAAGGAGAAAAUUAAUUUUUUUAAAAAAACACUCAUGGAGGUUGUGGGUAGAAAUAGGGAAAUACACUAUUAUAAUUUCUACAGAAUCAGGUUUUGAUUUACUCUGUACUGGUGACAAUAUUUUUUAAAGCCAGUGCCCUAAGACCUCAGCUUUUAUCUCAGAAUCUCAUGGGUUGCCAGCCCAGGAAUGCAGGAAAUUGAACUGUUGUGCUGUCUGUCCUAUAGCUUGGAAUAGGGAGACUUUGACUACUGAACCUGAUUCCCCACACCAUGAGAUCAAAAAAUCAUCUCCACAUUUGAAAAAGAUACAGGGUGCAUUCAUAGGGAUGGUGGCUUAGCAAAUCAGGUUUAUACUGGAGUCAUGGGGAGGGGAGAGCAUGCUAGUCUCAAUCUCUUCCCCUGACUUACCACCGAUUUACCAGUCUACCUGCUCUUGUGGAUCAGCUCUCAGCAGCCAUCCAGCACAUGCCACAAUCCUAUGCUCUUGCCUUCUUCCAUCCACUGUGUGUGAAGGAACCCUUUUUAAUAAAUAAGCAAGUGUCCUAAGCAAUAUCCUCCAAAGAUUGUCCUUUCCAUCCUUAAACCCUGUGACUGGGAUCACUUGACAGCACUGUGAUGUACUGUUUUCAAUGAGGUGCCUUUCUUAAGUGACCAAAUGCUGCCUUGUUUGGCCUCUAAGUCAAUAAAGUAUGUUAAAAGUU